CCCGCGUUAAAGGUAACCGUUUUUCUCCAUUUUCUCCAUUUUUUCUCCCUUUUCUUCCCAGCCAGCCCCCAACAAUUUGUUAAUAUUAUUCUCCUUAUUACGGCUCCGAGCGUUGCAGGGCUUACAACAAACCCUGGACCUGGACUAGGUACUUGGUGCUAGUCCGCGCCCCUUCAUCGCCGAUAUUUAUUAUUACCUCUCCCUCUGCCUCUUCCUCCCGAUUCUAUUCUUGUCCUUUUUACCCACCUAUUCACCCCAGAGUCACAGUUUAGACAUCCCGCUCUAGGAACGGCGGGGGAUUUGGAAUCACAUAAGGCAGCCUGGUGCAGCCCUGACUAUCGAAACUGCCACCAUUUUCUGACACUUCAGAAUAACUCACCAACCUUACCGGCCUUACCUUAUUCUACAUACCUUCUUCAGUUGUUGUGUAUACGUCACUUGAACGCGUCGCGAGCAUCUCCUCUCUCCCUCGCGACAUUGUGUUUAAUCAUCAGCAUCACCAUCAUCGCCCAUGUCGCGACGUAAUUCGUGUGUAUCUGACGACAGCAGAAGAUCACGAAGUAGACCGGUGUCGCAACAGAGCCACAGAUCUCCGCAUUCGCAACCGCGUUCACCGCAUCAAUCCUCCUACAAUAAAUCAUCAGAUAAGCUUGCAACCUCGCAGGCGCAUAAACCCUCACCUCUCAAGAUGGUUACUACCACUACUACGGCCUCACAUGCUCCGGCCGACGACGCUCUGCAUUACUAUUUGCCCGAUACGAACGCGCAAGAAAUCGAGUUCCAAAAACAGGUGUGGUUGGAACCGAUAGUCAUAGACGAUGACGACCUUAUGUUUGGAGGGAAAAGCCUAAGCGCGUGGUACGAGGAAGAGAGAAAGUCGGUGAGCUUCCCUGCCGAGGAGGAGCAGCGAGGUCGCCAAAGGGUGCGACAGCACUAUUCCCAUUCGCAACAGCAUCAUCAUCAUCACCAUCAUCACCACAACCAGCAUCAUCGCCACAACGCAAAUCCGACCGGCGCGUCGGGGGGUCACGAGCAUGGCAAGCACUAAACGAACGACGAAUGAAAUUCCGAAGCGCGAGGAUUGCCGAGCAGUCCUUUGUUUCUUUUACGAGAUACCCAAUACAGCAUUUGUAUAACCGCAUCGGCGGCUGUAGAAUCGUCAUUAUUAUUUUUUUCGCGCGCAUUAUUCAUCACGUCGAUAUAAGGAACACGAGCAUCAUUUACAAACGAACGCAUUAGAUAUACCGCAUUGGCACCCCACUGGACAACUGGACAACUGGAAUUUUUACAGCCUUGCAGAGAUAUAACGGGAUUUUCAUUAGACAACCAUUUUUAGAUAGGCCGCAUCCUCUUUUCCCUUCCGUUCGCGGACGAGCCUUCAUCAAAGGUUGGGAGAGAUCUGCAUUGGGCUAGGCGUUUUGAUCGUCUUAAAUUUUUUUCUGCAUUUUCGGGGCCGGGCGAAAUUGGACGUGCAGUAUCUGAGACUUCUCGGGUGUCUCCGGGGCUGGGAUACGCGAAGCAUAAUGGCCUGGCUAGGCAACCCAUCUCUGCUUUAUUAUCUCGGGGGAACUUUUCCGAUAACGUAGGACGAUUAAUUACAGAAUACGCUGGGAAGACGCGGUCUCAAUGAUGACGGGGAAACGCAGCUUUCCCAAAGAUAUCAAUAUCAAUAACAACAUUCAAAUCAU